AAAACCACAAUCUAUAACAACAAGCAACAGUAUGAAUUUUCAGACAGAGGUUCCUGAUGAUGGUUCUAGACAAGCUUCUUCUUCGCCUUACUCUGGAAAAGCCAAGAUUGUUCCUGAAUGUGGUCUUGUUGGUGACAUGUAUGAUCCUUUUGUAGACAGCUUUGAACCAGCAUCUGUGAAAUUAGAUUGUGUUCAGGAGCGUGAACCAGAUAACGAAGACUUGUGCAUUGUACCAAAGGCGAGCAUUUCUUCGAAUAGACCGCUUAGUAUGGAAGAAAACAACCAAGGUGUUGAUAAGCAAGCUCUAAGUGAGUCAGACGUGACUGCUCGGGUCAGUGUUUCCUCCAACAAACCAGCUGAUGUUGAAGAAAACACCGCUGGAAUUGAGAUUGGAGUAGUUGUUUCUGGAGAGAACAAUGAGUUUGGUGAGAAUGUGGACAACGGAAGAGAAUGUAACAGCCAUGAGACUUUGACUCCAAACUCUGAUAACGAGAAUCCGAAGGUAGAGAACAAUGUACAUGAAGGCGAUAACACAGAGAAAAAGUCUCGAGAGAAAUCAAAAGAGAGAGAUUCGUCAAGGUCCAUGAAGCUUUUCAAAGUUGUGCUUACAAAAUUCGUCAAGGAUCUUCUAAAACCAUCGUGGAGACAAGGGAAUAUGAGCAAAGAGGCGUUUAAGACUAUUGUGAAGAGAGUGGUGGAUAAAGUGUCAAACUCAAUGGAGGGUCAUCGUAUACCCAAAUCAAGAGCUAAGAUCGAUAGGUACAUUGAUUCUUCACAGCAGAAGCUGACCAAACUGGUCAUGGGUUAUGUAGACAAAUAUGUCAAAGCAUAGAAGAUAAGAGAGUCAAAGGAAAUUUCCCAUAACACAGCUUUUUGCAGCUGAAGGUUAGACCUAUGUCUUGUCUGCAAACGAUGUUUAGUCAGGACUGUUCUUCUUCCGGUUGUGAGUUUUACAAUGAGGAAUUUACCUCUACCUUCAUAACAUGUAAAUGAAGAAUCCAUCAUUUU